AUGCCGCCCCUAGGAGACGCCGACACGAUUCGCAUCUUAGUCGCAACAGAUAACCAUGUCGGUUACAAUGAGCGCGACCCUGUCCGCGGCGAUGACAGCUGGAAGAGCUUCCAUGAAAUUAUGUGUCUUGCCAAAGUGCGCGAUGUUGACAUGGUUCUUCUCGCCGGGGACCUCUUCCAUGAAAAUAAACCAUCGAGAAAGUCCAUGUAUCAGGUCAUGCGCUCAUUGCGCAUGAACUGCCUAGGCGACAAACCUUGCGAACUGGAGCUGCUUAGUGAUGCUAGUGAGAACUUUCAAGGGGCUUUUAACCAUGUGAACUAUGAAGAUCUUGAUAUUAACAUUGCAAUUCCUGUUUUCUCCAUUCAUGGGAAUCACGAUGAUCCAUCUGGCGAGGGCCAUCUGGCGGCACUGGAUAUUCUACAGGUUUCAGGCCUGUUAAAUUAUUAUGGGCGAACGCCAGAGUCAGAUAAUAUUCAGGUCAAGCCGGUACUGCUUCAAAAGGGCCGCACAAAACUCGCUCUGUAUGGCCUGAGCAAUGUACGAGAUGAACGACUUUUCCGUACUUUCCGUGAUGGCAAAGUCAAAUUUUUUCAACCUUCCGUUCAGAAAGAGGACUGGUUCAAUCUGAUCUGUGUCCAUCAGAACCACCAUGCACAUACAGAGACGGGAUACCUACCUGAGAAUUUCUUACCUGAGUUCCUCGACCUAGUCAUUUGGGGUCACGAACACGAAUGCAUGAUUGACCCCAGACAGAAUCCCGAGACGAAAUUCCAUGUCAUGCAACCUGGAUCGUCAGUGGCUACAUCGUUAGCACCAGGCGAAGCUGUCACCAAGCAAGUGGCGAUUCUAUCCAUCACUGGGCGGGAGUUUGAGAGUGAACCAAUACCCUUGAAAACAGUACGCCCGUUCAUCAUGAAAGAACUCGUGUUAUCCGAAGACAAAAACGCGAAGAAGUUGGCGCGAAAAGAGAACAAUCGAACUGAAGUCACCCGCUUGCUGAUGUCCUAUGUCGAAGACCUAAUUGAGGACGCGAAAGCACAAUGGCUGGAAGCACAUCGGGAUGAUAUUGGGGACGACGACGAACCGAAUAUUCCCCUUCCUCUUGUUCGUCUUCGAGUGGAAACGUCGACACCAGAAGGUGGCAGUUUUGAUUGCGAAAACCCACAGCGAUUCUCCAAUCGUUUUGUAGGCAAGGUAGCGAACGUAAAUGAUGUUGUACAGUUCCACCGAAAGAAGAAAGCCACUACGACCCGCAAAGCUGAUAAUCUAGCCACCGAGACAGCCAUGUCACACUUAUCGUCCCUGGACACGGUCAAAGUUGAGCAACUAGUUCGCGAAUUGUUGACCGCGCAAUCGCUUACCAUACUUCCUCAGAACCUCUUCGGUGAUGCCGUGUCUCAGUUUGUUGACAAAGACGACAAGCAUGCCAUGGAAAUGUUUGUGAAUGAGUCGCUCGACAGCCAAAUCAAGCACCUCAUGGCACUGGAGCGUGACGCAGACCUCGAAGACGAGGAUGAGGUACAUCAAUCGUUACGAAAUGCUAUGGAGAAGUAUCGUGGACAAAUGGAAGAGUUGUUUUCCAAAGGCACGGUAAGAAGGACUCGAGGACAAAAGCGAUUUAAACCCAAACCGGACGGCUGGGAUUCAGAAUUUGAUGGGCUGUGGGAGGAUCAACCUGGGGCGUUGAUACAUUCGGAUAAUGAGGGCGGCGAUCCACAUGAAGAGGAUCUUGCGGAGGAUGGCACCGAAAGGGGCACAGCGUCAAGUCGAGGCAGAGGACGAGGCAGACGUGGUGCAGCCAGCAGCACUACUCGCAAAUCUGCUACGAGUACUACUAGCGCCAAGAAACCUGCUACCUCGCGAGGGGGCAGGGGCAAAAAAGCUGUCAUAGAUGACGAAGAUGAAGAUGAAGAUGAAGACGUCAUUAUGGCCAAUGACUCCAUGGAAGAACACGAAGCAAUCGAAUCAGACAACGAUGACUCCCAAGCACUCUUCGUCCAGCAACAGCGCACCAACAAACCAUCGCGUAGUACACGACAACCGGCAGUAGCAAGCGUGACGACGGGAUCGCGAAGCCGCACAAAGAAAGAUGCGUCUCCAGCGCCAUCGUCGGUGACAGCAGCAGCAUCAUCGACCCGACGCGGCGGCCGCGGCGGAGCAAGAUCUACACAGCAGACAACCCUCAACUUCGCAUCGCAGGCCAGUUCGACCGGUGUAGCACGGCGUAACGCUGCCCGUACAGCCAGAGCAGGCUUCACGGAAUUAAGUGAUGUUGACGAUGACGACGAUGACGAUGCUUUCGAGCCAGCAGUAGCCAUUAGCACUCGAAAGCGCCGGUAG